AUUUGCAUAAAAGAGAUACGUACGUCUUUAACUUCGAGCUGUUUGGAGAGCAGGAGAAUAUAGAAAAGAAGAGAAGAGAAGCCAAGUUUAGGGGUUUUUUUUCUAAUUCACCUUGGAGAGAAAACCACUUUAGUGCUUCAGACUUUUUAACGGGUUUCUAACAUCGCAAGAAAUAAUAUCACAAAAGAUAAAGCUCAAAGAUUAUACUGGACAUCUUGAAUUGUUCCUUGAAUCUUAUUUAGAGCUGCAGCUCUUCUAUUCUUCUAAUUUUUUCGCUGUAUCCACAGCUGUCCUCUUGAAAAGAAUUGCACAAUUUUUAAAUUGCAACAUGGAAAAUGCCAUAUUGUGGAUGUUUGCAGCAUCAUUGUUGUUUUCUCUUUGUACUUGUCGUGAUCACCAGCAAAAUCAAGGCGUCUUGAACCUCGAUAAAAACCUUAAUAUCAGUUGGACGAUACACCCAGGAAAAGAGACUAUCAGAUUCAAGGUCAAGACUGUUAUCGGCGAAACCGGCUGGUUUCUUAUUGGAUUUGAACCUCAAAAACGCAAUGCACCUAAAGCUGUCAAAGAAACCAGUGCAGAUGCUUUCGUCGUCUGGAGGCAAAUAGUAAACAGUGGAAACAAUAAAACAUAUACCUGGAAUGUUACAGAUUGCAAUACUUUUCAAAAAGGAACACUUCGAAAAGACAAGAUACAGAAUUAUCAUUUACCAAAGAACCUGAUCAAAACAAUGUACGACAGCAAGAACAAAAUGCUCACAGCAAUUGUAUGGCGGAAAUUGGAUACCAAAAACAAAGAAGAUGUCAUAAUAAAGAAGGGAUCCAUGUUUAUUUUUGGUUCCUUUGGUAAUGACGCUCACCCAAACAAGAAAUGGAAACAUAUAUUACAUGCAAUUAAAAAUGGGAUGGAUGAUGUAUUUCUGAAAGCUACCAAUGUUAGUUUCUUCGAGGUGAAUUCUUCAAACAGAAACAAGGGAGGAAGGAACUUUGUGAAAUAUGCAGGAAAAUUGGCAGAGCAGCAUUGGAUUGGACUGGUAGUUGGCAUGUCUGCUUUUCUAACUAUUAUUAUAACCUGUACUGUGUAUUGCCUUGCAAAGAAAGCUGGUGGAAUCAAAAAGCAUGUUUCCAUGUCAUUCAACAAGGAGAGUGAAUAUGACGAUGAAGCAAAGGUCGCGUUCUUACAGUCAGAGGAAACAUAAACCAUGGAUUAACUAACAUGUUUUGAAUUACCAGGCAAGUUGGAUUUGUUGGAUCAUGUAGUUGACAAGUGAAGUGUUUUGUGAAGCCAAGAACGUCUGAGGAAUAUCUUUAGUUUAUGCCUGACAGAUAUACUUUAUGCAGAGACAUUCUCUGCUUUUGCCAAAAACAAUCAAUACAAAAUAGAUGUACUCAUAAACCUGAAGUCCCUAAGUGAUUGAACAUGAGCUGCAUUUGCCACUGUUAGAUGUCUUAUAUUUUACAGGGUUCGUGCUAUAUUUUCGUUACAAAAUUCAAGGACUUUUUAAGCACUUCUCGAGCACAAAAAUUCGAUUUUCAAGGACAAAGUUUUUUGUAUUAGAAAAUAGUUUAAACAUUGAUUCAAUGUUACAGAUAAAUAGAUCUUUAAUUUACGCAUUCUUACCAGAAGUACCCAGAUAUUCAGCUAGGCUAUUUACAAAAUAUACGAAAAUUCUUCAAUCAAUUUUAAUUGUUAUUUCAAAAGGAAAGUUAGAAAUAGCAUUAAGUUUGCAUUAAAUUCAAGGAGUAUUCCAGGAGUCUUGGCGUUUUUCCCUAAUUUUUCAAGCAAGGACUUUUCAAGGAUUUCAAGGAGUAGCACGAACCCUGAUUUUAGUUUAUAGGAGAAAAAUGAGAAAAAGAUUAAACAAGAAAUGUUCUUUUUUUUUCGCAUUAAAAAAAUGUGCUUUUUAAAACAUGGCUAAUAGGGGCUACAUUAUCAUUGUGUGGCAGCCAUGACAGGAAGCAGAAACAAUUGAUUCUGGUCAAAUCUGAUUUACAUAAGAAAUAAUUCAGUUUCUCAGGGGAACAGGACUGUUGAACAUUGUGCCUCGUGUCAUGGCUGCCAUCACAAGAUGGUGCAAAGCCUCAGCAUAGUCUGAGUUUAUUUACAUGCAUCUGCUUUUGAAAUGUUUUAUUACGAAUACCAAAUAUUGCAUGCUGAGUAGUGGCUUGCUGUAAUGAAAAAUCUUCAAAAUAGUGAGAUUACUAACGAGCCAAAACCAUCACACAGUAAAUUUAGUGUAUUGUAAAUAUAUAUCAUUACCAGGUUGUGUAAUAUCAUAGCACACCUCUCUCAAAGAUAUUAAAAACAGUUGUACCAAACAAAA